AUGACCAACUUCAGCUCGUCCGAAGCCAAUGGAUCUUUCGACGACCGGUUAAUAUCAAGCACUGUAUCGUCUGCUGGUCACAGCUCGGUACCCUCCGAUGAUUCGGAUAGCGAGUCUGGAACAAUCUGGGCGAAAGCGCCGCCGAAGGCCUUGAAUGGCUCACGUCCUGUCCUCCCGCCCAUCGACACCGACAGCUCUCCAUCAUCUCGCCCGUCUUCCCUCCCCCGUGACAAUUCGCGACAACCGCCCUCGAACUUCCCUCCACCUCCUGGUUAUAUCCCUGAAUCGCCUCCUACCCGCAGGAUAGGGCGAAGCAACGCGAUCAACGGCAGGAGCUUGAAGGACCAGCGGACAAGCAGAUUCGACGACAACUUCGAUGUCACUUGGGCGCCGCGUCCCCCUCCAGAGGAGGUCUUGGAGCGCUUACAGGAGUACUUCCCCGAACACAAUGUCGACGAGCCCGUCAUCGAUGCACCGUCUGGUGGCACCUCGCCAACGUCAGCAACAGCCGACCACGUUCCACUCCCGGCGGCGGAGAGGCGUUCUCGUCACAAGAAGUCGAUCCGCGUAGUCGCUGCAGAGCGCAGGCGCAUCGACCGCACUUCGUACAUGGAACCGGCCAACAACGGACCAGGUGCAGCGUUACGAAAACGAAACACGAAACUCUGGGGCAGUCGACUUGAAGAAGUUCCAACGCACGAUCAAGCUCAGCGGUUGCAGCCGAUACCUUCUGCUAGCGACACUUCUCCUGCCAUAUUCCGUUGGGUUCGUGGUGAGCUUAUCGGAAAGGGCACAUACGGCAAAGUGUACCUAGCUCUUAACGCCACAACCGGUGAGAUGAUUGCCGUCAAGCAGGUCGAGAUACCGCGAACUGCCAGCGACAAGAACGAUUCUCGCCAGGUUUCAGUCGUCGAAGCUUUGAAGCUCGAGUCCGAGACGUUGAAAGAUCUCGAUCACCCGAACAUUGUCCAGUACCUUGGAUUCGAAGAGACGCCAACGUUCUUGAGCAUCUUCUUGGAAUAUGUUCCCGGUGGCUCAAUUGCGAGCUGUUUGCGGAAGCAUGGCAAGUUCGACGAGGAUGUGACCAAGUCGUUCACCGGUCAGAUCCUCAGCGGUCUCGAAUAUCUCCACUCCAAAGGAAUAUUGCAUCGAGACAUGAAAGCGGACAACAUCCUCGUCGAGACGAGCGGUAUAUGCAAAAUCUCGGACUUCGGUAUUGCAAAGCGUACAGACGACAUCGAGAAUGCAGGUGCCUACACUUCGAUGCAGGGUACUGUCUUCUGGAUGGCCCCUGAGGUUAUCGACGCGAACAAAAAGGGAUAUAACUCCAAGAUCGACAUUUGGAGCGUUGGCUGCGUGGUCUUCGAGAUGUGGACGGGGCAACGCCCGUGGAGCGGGAAAGAAGCGAUGGCUGUCCUCCUUCAAUUGUAUCAAACCAAGCAGGGACCUCCUGUCCCCAAAGAUAUCGCGUUGUCUUCGCUCGCUGACGAUUUCCGCAAGAAAUGCUUCGCGAUGAAUCCCGACGAACGCCCGACCGCUGCAGAAUUACGGCUUCACCCAUACCUUGAGCUCCCACCGGAGUGGGCAUUCAUUGGUUUCAAGUAG